CCCGGCCCCCGGCCCGGCCUGGCUCUAUGGACAGGAGCUCGCUGCUGCAGCUUAUCCAGGAGCAGCAGCUGGACCCUGAAAACACUGGCUUCAUCGGUGCGGACACCUUCGCUGGCCUGGUGCACCGCCAUGAGCUGCCCCUGGACCCGGCCAAACUGGACAUGCUGGUGGCCCUGGCCCAGAGCAACGAGCGGGGCCAGGUCUGCUACCAGGAGCUGGUGGACCUGAUCAGCAGCAAGCGCUCAAGCAGCUUCAAGCGGGCCAUCGCCAAUGGACAGCGGGCACUGCCCCAGGACGGGCUGCUGGACGAGCCAGGACUGGGUGUCUACAAGCGGUUCGUGCGCUACGUGGCCUACGAGAUCCUGCCCCGAGAGGUGGACCGCCACUGGUACUUCUACCGGCACCGCAGCUGCCCACCCCCUGUGUUUAUGGCUUCGGUCACCCUCGCCCAGAUCAUCGUGUUCCUGUGCUACGGGGCCCGUCUCAACAAGUGGGUGCUGCAGACCUACCACCCUGAGUACAUGAAAAGCCCCCUGGUAUACCACCCCGGCCACCGUGCUCGGGCCUGGCGCUUUCUCACCUACAUGUUCAUGCACGUUGGGCUGGAGCAGCUGGGGUUCAACGCACUCCUGCAGCUGAUGAUCGGGGUGCCCCUGGAGAUGGUGCAUGGCCUGCUCCGCAUCAGCCUGCUCUACCUGGCUGGUGUGCUGGCAGGCUCCCUGACCGUCUCCAUUACUGACAUGCGGGCCCCUGUGGUGGGGGGCUCCGGCGGGGUCUACGCCCUGUGCUCUGCACACCUGGCCAAUGUCGUCAUGAACUGGGCGGGGAUGAGAUGUCCCUACAAGCUGCUGAGGAUGGUGCUGGCCCUGGUGUGCAUGAGCUCCGAGGUGGGCCGGGCCGUGUGGCUGCGCUUCUCCCCGCCACUGCCUGCCUCGGGCCCACAGCCCAGCUUCAUGGCACACCUGGCGGGCGCGGUGGUGGGUGUCAGCAUGGGCCUGACCAUCCUGCGCAGCUAUGAGGAACGCCUGCGAGACCAGUGUGGCUGGUGGGUGGUGCUGCUUGCCUAUGGCACCUUCCUGCUCUUCGCCAUCUUCUGGAACAUCUUUGCCUACGACCUGCUGGGUGCCCACAUUCCCCCGCCACCCUGACAAGAGUUCCCAGGGCCACACCAGCCAGGGCGCAGCAUCCGUGGGCCAGCCACUAGGGAGGCCUGCAUGUUCGUCCUCUGUGAAUGUAUGUCUUGAGGCUGCUUCUUCCUGGUGGGUGCAGGUGGCCCCUGUGGCCCACUGACUGCAGGCCAAGCCUUACACCAGCCCUGGCCACCCCCUCCCAGGCCUGGAGGAAUAGGACUGAUGGACUGGGCUGAGUGGUGGAGGUCCCCAAGGGUGGCCCCAGAGGAGACCCUGCCCUGGCCUCUCCCAUGAGACUUGCAGUCUGAGCCUUUUUGGAGAAUGAAUAAAUAUUUUA